AUGCCAAGCGAGGAUCCAGUGGAGGAGGAGAACAAGCUCACUAUACAGUUCACGGACGAGGAGAUCGACGCACUGAAGGAGUUCAUGAAGCGCCUCCCCGACAUUUUCGCCGCCGCCUACCCGGACAAGGGCGACGCAGCGAAGACGACGCCAAUCGUCCUCUGGAAUGUCUCCAUCGACCCCGUCCGGCCGUACAGGAGCGCGAAGGCGAAGGUGGUGCUGAUGAAGUUCUUGCGCGCAAGAAACUUGAACGUCGACGACGCUGCUGCCAUGCUAACCAACACGCUCAAGUGGAGGCAAGAGUUCAACAUCGAGGCCGCGCUCGAGGAGAAGUACCCCGAGGAGGUCUUCGGAACGUUGGGCUAUAUCAGCGGCAGGGAUAAGGAGUGUAGGCCUGUUGUGUACAAUGUGUAUGGCGGGAACAAGGAUGUGAAUGCGGUCUUUGGGGAUGUGCAGCGCUUUUUGCGGUGGCGCGUGGCCUUCAUGGAGAAGAGCAUUGAACAUAUAGAUUUUGAGAUUGCAGAUCAGGCGGUGCAGGUGCACGACUACCUCGGUGUCAGCAUGUCCAGCCGAACACCUGAAGCCAAACAGGCUGCUUCACAGGCGAGCAAGAUUUUCGGCGACUACUACCCUGAGCUUUUGUAUAAGAAGUUCUUCAUCAACGUCCCCACUCUCAUGUCCUUCAUCUUUUGGACCUUCAAGGCGAUCCUGCCCGCGAAGACGUUCGCGAAGAUGAGCGUCGUGGGCACGAGCACGAACAGCAUUCGGGAUACGCUAGGGGAGAUUAUCGAUGUAAAGGAGAUUCCGAAGAGGUAUGGAGGAGAGGGGGAGGAGUGGUGA